AGCCCGCCCCGGCCGGGGCCGGACCCGGACGUCCGAGAGCGGUUCAGCUUCGCUUUCGCUUCGCUCUGUUCGGCCGGGGUGGGCCCGGAGCCGGCGGGGAACGGGCUGUGCCCCCAUCGCCGCCCCACGGAGGGACGGACGGGGCUCCGGGCACAGACCUCCCCAAAGCCUGUCGAUGUCGCCGCGCCUGCUCAGGGUGCUGGGCUGGGGCUCGGCGGCCGCGCUGGGGCUGCUGACCGUGGCCGUCUUCGUCCUGGUCCUGAUCCCGGCAAAGAAUGCUGUCCUUCCUACCAGGAUCAAAUACGGUCUGGUGUUCGAUGCUGGCUCCACACACACGUCCCUCUACAUCUACCGGUGGCCGGCGCACAAGGAGAACGGCACCGGCAUCGUCUCCCAGGUGGAGGCCUGCUCUGUGUCCGGACCCGGCAUCUCCAGCUACGCCGACGACCCCGCGGGGGCUGGCGCCAGCCUGAAGCCCUGCCUGGACAAGGCCAUGCAGGUCAUCCCGGCCGAGCAGCAGCGGGAGACGCCCACGUACCUGGGGGCCACGGCCGGCAUGCGGCUGCUGAGGGCGCAGAACAGCAGCAAGGCCGAGCAGGUCUUUGCCGAGGUGUCCAAGGCCAUUGGGCAGUACCCUGUGGAUUUCCGCGGCGCUCGGAUCCUGACGGGCAGCGAGGAGGGCUCCUUUGGCUGGAUCACUGUCAACUACCUGCUGCAGACACUGGUCAAGUUCUCGUUUGCAGAGAAGUGGGAACAGCCCCAGGACACCGAGGUUCUGGGAGCUCUGGACCUUGGCGGGGCCUCGACGCAGAUCACCUUCCAGCCCGGGGGGCCUGUGGAGGACAGGAACACGUCCGUGUUCUUCCGGCUCUACGGCACCAACUACUCCCUGUACAGCCACAGCUACCUGUGCUACGGGCAGAGCCAGGCCCUGAAGAUGCUGCUGGCAGCUCUGCACCAGGCCAGCUCCAGUGCUGAGAUCUCCCACCCCUGCUACCCCCGUGGGUACCAGGAGAACCUGACGGUGGCAGAGCUCUACGACAGCCCCUGUGUGCACGCGCCAGGCUCAGCCAGCCCCGGCCUGGUGCUCAGGGUGACGGGGACAGGGGAGCCAGGCGCGUGUGGCGCGGCCGUGCAGAGACUCUUCAGCUCCAGCUGCGGGGCGCGGGGGCCGUGCGGGCUCAAUGGGGUGUACCAGCCCCCCGUGCGGGGACAGUUCCUCGCCUUCUCAGGGUUUUAUCACAACCUUCAUUUUCUGAACCUGACAGGAGGGCAGUCCCUGAGCUUGGUCAAUGCCACCAUCUGGCAGAUCUGCAACAGCAGCUGGGAACAGGUGCAGGGGCUGUUCCCCACGGCGAGCAGGGGGCAGCUCCGUGACGCCUGCCCAGCCAGCUCCUACACCCUCACCCUUCUCCUGCAGGGCUACAAAUUCAACAGCACAACAUGGCCUAACAUCCACUUUGUCCAGCAGGUUGCUAACGUAGAUGUGGGCUGGACUCUGGGCUGCAUGCUCAGUCUCACCAACAUCAUCCCCUCAGAGCCUCUCACAGAAGUCACAGAGCUCCCAAGACGAAUCUGGAUAGCAGCCACAGUUCUGCUGGCCAUCAUGCUCAUCCUCACCUUCUGCCUGCUCACAGCCAUGUGCUACCAGAGAAGCUCCUCAGGCUAUGAACAGCUGUAGCUGUUGCCUCCAGAGGCUGGGAGGCCACUGAGUCCUGCUGCCACACCUUUGCAAGGAGCUGCUUCCCAGGAAUCACCCUUGUGUGCCCAGAGGACUUGUGCUGGGGGGCCCUGAGUCCUGGCCUGGUGAGCUGUAAAACAGCCUCCUUGUAGCCGUGUGCUCUCCAGUUCUCCUUUCCCUGCGCUGGUUGGAGAUGCUCCAGGAGGGAGGGCUUGGCCAUGUGGGGCAGGGGCUCAGCACUGGGGCUGGGGACCACUGUGCUGUGGGAUGGCUGUGGAUGGGGAUUAGGGGGGUCUGGCAGCAGUGGGACUGUCACAGGGCUGGUUACAAGACACACACGUCCUGCCCCAUCCCAGGGCCGGGGUCUGCACCAGCCCCAGGGGCCGUGGCAUUGGGCAGUGGGGGUGUGGGGGCACUGGCCUGGUGGACAGGGCUGUGCCUAGGACUGGGGGAUGGCACAGCCCCUCCUCUCCAGCCCAGCUGCACCCCUUGCCCUGUGCCUGGCAGACAGCUCAUCCUCCCUUUCCAGCACAGGGUGACUUGGGAACUCUGCUGGGCAGAGGCAGCUCCCAGGGCCGCCCUUAUGUUUCUGGGGAGUCCCACUCACAGCCAAGUGAUGGGUGAGUUGAGACACCUCCUCUGAGAAGGAAAAGACCUGUCCUGGUGCCCUGUUGGCUCCACUCCAAGGUCCAGCAGACACCUCCGUGUCUCCAGGGAACCUCCCAUAGAUUUGUUGCCUCUCCCCUGAGUCUCCGUCAUCACCAGCCAUUCCUUGGGAGACAGAAGUAAUAAAACCACAAUGAUCUGGGAGCAAAGGAGCAAAGGGAUCUCCCCAUGGGCUGCCUUCUACAAUGUUUAUUUGCAUGAGGUGUGAGCUGUGAGGUGCCCAGCAUUGCACAGGGACACCAAAGGUCUUCUCACUGUGAGAGUGCAAACAAGAACAUGAGUCAUCC